CCGGCCAAUCCUGGCGCGCCGCCCGCGCUCACAAAGUUGCAACCCCCGCCGAAAGCUCACCCCCCGGCCGGGUCGCUCAGUCGCUUCUGUGUGCCGCGCGCUGGACCUGCUCACUCUCCGGCACCGGACCAAAAUGGAGCUUUGGAGUUUGAGUUCGUCCGGGUUUAUUCGCGCCGCUACUGUCCAGGACGGCCGCGUUUUCAACUGAGCCCUCUCCACCGGCGGAUACCCUAUCGCUCUACUCCGAAUCUCGUAGAGUUGGGACUCAUCAACCAUGCCCGACUUCGCCCUCAUUGGUGACAUCAUCCGCGCCAAAACUGCCAAAUACUUCGCAGGUCGCAAAUAUCAAGAAUAUGACGGACCAGUCAACGAGAAAGAAUUUGGAUCCGUCCCCUACGACAAAGACGAAGCGGGUCUGGAUUUUGCCUCAGAAAACCUACCAGAAAUAGAGCGGCCACCUUUGCGACACAUAGACAAAUACAUAGCACCAGAAUGCCCAUGUCUAACAAAACGAUACACCAUGUCGGUGCUUACCUGCCUCGGAUUUAUCAUCACAUUUGGAAUGCGGUGCAACAUGAGUAUAGCCAAACUCCAGCUAUUGGGCAACCGGACGGAAGAGGAAAUCCAAGCAAAAAUUCAGGUCUUUCGGCCAGAGUGGUCAGUGGGAGUAGAAAGUGCCAUAGAUUCUUCUUUUUACUGGGGAUACCUCAUCACCCAGGUCCCUGGUGGAUUUUUAGCGUCUAAGUAUCCAGCUAAUAAAAUAUUUGGUAAAGCAGUAGUUAUAUCUUCGAUUUUAAAUCUAUUCGUACCUGGUGCAAUUAGGUUACAUCCAGCGAUACUAAUCAUAGUUCGGAUUUGUCAGGGACUUGUAGAGGGUGUUACAUAUCCAGCCACUCACGGAAUUCUACGUCACUGGGCCCCUCCGCUGGAGAGAUCACGACUGGCGACGUUGGCAUUCUGUGGCUCAUACGCCGGAGUUGUCAUCAGCUACCCGCUUUCCGGUACACUUGUCUCGGCAAUUAGUUGGCAAGCUCCAUUUUACUUCUACGGGGUUUGCGGUCUGAUCUGGUACUGUUGCUGGCUGUGGCUGACGUUCGAGAAACCGCGGUUCCAUCCGACGAUCUCGCCGCGGGAGUUGCUCUACAUCGAGAAAUCCCUGGGGUCCUCGACGGAGCAGCCCUUGCCGACGAUAUCGACGACCCCGUGGAACGCCUUCUUCCAUUCCAUGCCCGUCUACGCCAUCAUGGUCGCCAACUUCUGCCGCUCCUGGAACUUCUACUUCCUUGUCCUCUCCCAACCCACCUACCUCCACUCCGUCUACGACCUCGAGACCGCAGAGACGGGUUUCGUGGGUGCGUUGCCGCACUUGUUGAUGACAGUGAUCGUGCCGUUCGGGGGUCUCUUGGCCGAUCACAUUCGGAAGGAAGGGAUCCUCUCUACGACGAACGUGCGGAAACUCUUCAACUGCGGCGGCUUCGGCGUGGAGGCCUUCUUCUUCAUCGUCGUCGCCUACUCCAACUCCGCCUUCACGGCCACCGUCGCCCUUUGCAUCGGAGUCGCCGCAUCCGCCUUCGCAAUCUCCGGUUUCAACGUAAAUCAUUUAGAUAUCGCUCCACGGUAUGCUAGUAUCCUGAUGGGAAUGUCAAAUGGCAUCGGCACGAUAGCUGGUAUGGCUAACCCUAUUGUGGUCGAUCACAUCACAGCCGAUAAGAAAACGCAUCAAGAGAAAGUAGAGGCGUGGAGGGUAGCUUUCCUGAUGGCAGCGUUUGUUCAUUUCUGCGGCGUUAUUUUCUACGCCGUGUUCGCCUCAGGAGAACUGCAACCCUGGGCUGAGACUGAUGAUGAAAAGACCUGGAACCCCAUGGAGAAUGUUCAAAGCUCCACCCAGCCUAAUGGGCGACCACCUGUUGUAAGCUACGGAUCUGUGGAUCAAUCACAACCGCAUCCCGAUUACAUAAAUCCGGUGGUGCCACAACCGGUUCAGCCGCCGGCCCAGGACGAAUACAUGAACGAACAGCGGAACCUCUCGACACCGUACUACCAAGAACCAGUCUCCACGAACCCUUUCAAGCCCGCCAACCCCACGAACCCCUUCCUCCAGUAAGCAGGACAACCGCGGGUGAUUACUUUUAGAAUAAUAAUGAGGAGAAAAAUUAAUGACAAAAAAAUAUCUGCAAAACUAAAUUCAAAUUUCCGUAAUAUUAUUUUGGCUAAAAAUAAAAUCAAUUGGAUGCACAAUGUGGCAUUUAGGCAUACUUAUUGCCAUACGGUUCGACCAUAAUAUGGGAUUUUUGAUUUUUUUUUAUCUCAUUUAUUGUUUUGGUGUCGAACAAAGAUCCAAAAGAUGGAGUCCAAAAUGUAACGUAAGGGCGAGUGAAGCUCAUAUAUUUGUAUGAUAAAUGAAAGCAAACUCGUCAUCAUUUUUUAAGUCGUGGAUCGAAUGAGAUAAAAUUGAAAACACUUACUACACUUAAUACCUUCAGCAAACGUUACUUUUAAACUGUUCUGGAAGCUGACAAAAUUGAAGCCUCUUUUUUGUUACUAUUGCUGUCUCACACAUCCGGGCCCAUGAUCAAGAUCAUGUGCUGGAGAACACUGUGAGCUCUUAUUUAAAAAUGUGUGCAUUAUUAUUUAAAAUAUAAAAAUUUGCAACUGUGGAAACAUAUUUGGAUCAGAUAUUUGGAUCGCAGAGAAUAUCUCCUUCUUGCGAUGCGUGGCCUCGAUCUCACAUGGAUUUUUAAGAAAACUUUGCAAACGAUGAAUUUGUAAAUUUAGAUUCGAACUAAACCUAAUAUGUCUACAAAACACACGUUUUUCUUCGCUUGUUCAAAAUGUCAAUUAAACCAUGAUAUUUCUCUGAAGAAUUCAAAUUAGAUUAUAAGCGUCAGGUAUAUUUUUUGGUUAAAAUUAUCUUAAAAAUGUUUAAGCUGAUAAGAGCAGCAUUCUUUUAGGUGAUGUGUAUACAGUUGAAAAAGGAGUACUCAUAGUGCGUAUGGUGAGGUACAAAAAUAUGUUUUUGUACUUUUCAGAAGGAAUAGGUAUAAGAUUAGAACUUGGGCUUUAAAUUUUGUGUUGAGUUGUCCUUCUCAACAUUAUCCCAAACAUACGCACUUGUUUGCGUCAUCAUUUCUAAUGUACCGUUGUGAGUUGAUCAAUCCUGAAAAAAAAUAUAUUGUUGGAGAAAGAGCGGAUGAGCAAUAUCCAUCAUUUUAAAAUAAGCAGAGGGAAAUAAUGAGACGAUAGAAAAAGUAGACAUAAAUGAGUUAUGUUGAUUCUAUCUCUCUUUCAAUGAUUGCGAAGUCAAUAUAAAUGAUUUCUGUUGAUUUUUAUCUCUCUUUCAAUGAAUGGGAGAAAAAUCGUAACGGAAGUUCGAACAAAGACAAAAUAUAGAUGAUUGUUUGCGUAAGGAAUUACGAACUCAAUAAGUUAAUCACAGCUGUUUAAAAUUAUAAUGCUGAAAAAAAUUAGUUACAAGAAAAACUGCUGCUUUGGCACAACGCAAGCAAUACAUUUUUAUUUACUGUUAAUGACAUUAUGCAAUGAGGUGUGAAAUUGAGUAGAAGCUCUCUCCAAAAGUCCUCGAGCCCAAAAUGUCAAAUACCUACCAAAUUUCAUUUUUUAAGCCUUUCAAAUUUCAAAUUUUUUGAAUGGAGGUGAAAUUUCGGACUUCAUCAUUACACUCAACGAAAAUUGCAGCAAUCAGAAGCACCCUCCGUGUAUUAUUUAUCAAUUAUCUCAGAUCACUGAAACAUAUCCUCAUGCAAUAUAUUUUGUAAUGGUGUGAAUGUAUGUUACAAUUAAACCAUGAAUAACUCCAUUGUAUUUCACUUGACGCAUUAACCGAGUUACAUGUAACAUCUGAUUGUCCGGUUUAUCCUCAAAAUUGACUCGUCAGGUUUGUGUGGCGUGGCAUGGCGUGAAUUGCGAUGUAUCGAUUGUUAUGCCGUUUAAACCUAUGGUAUAGAAUCGAUUAUCGUAGCUGCAUCAAUGACGUCAACGUCAGAUCCGAAUUACAUUUUUUAAUUUUAGAUUGUACUAUCUGAAGAAUUUAACUAAGAUUACGAGUUAUCUCCACAUUUUGCGUACACCAUUCUUUGGGAUUAUUAUUUUUUUUGUUUUUGUUCUUUUCAUCAGGUUGUCGUAGGUUUCUGAACUGAUUCUUAGAACUUCUCAGAGCCGCUCCUCGCGUGAUUUUGGAAUCCAAUGUAUCUCCCCGUUCAAAUUAAAAUUUUUUUUUGCGGGAUGUCUUGUUCACGGCAUUUCAUAGAUCUCUCUAUUUUUAUGCGACUUUUUUUGUAGCUUAAAGAUCAAAUAACGAAACCUCUUCACCUUUGCUGUGAUGGGUGUGAUAAGGCAAAAUACUUACCAAGUGCGCUCAAACACUUUAAAUUUGAGACAUGCAGAUGUUAAAUUUUUAAGGAAGCACAUGGGAUGUCCGAGGGGGUUGUAAAUAUGAAUCAGUGACGUAGCGUGAAUUGCGAUGUAUCGAUUGUUAUGCCGUUUAAACUUAUGAUAUAGAAUCGAUUAUUAAGGUGUUCGCUGCGAACACCCUGUUCAUCGACCCUUUUCCAUAGGUUUAAAUGGCAUAACAAUCGAUAUAUCGCAAAGCACGCCACGCCACUGAUAUGAAUAACCUACAACAUGGAUCAGAUGAGCUCAUCAUGAAAAAUUCAAAAAACAGAUCUGCAUUUUCGAUUAAAAUUAAAUGGGUUCAAGGUCGUUGAGCGCCAUCCAAAGGAAAAACUGUCAUCAUGACCACCUCUCUUAUGAAAGAACCUCAAGGUUUUAAAAAAAUCCGACAAAACUCUGGAAGCAUUUAAUGAACAAUGUUAAAAAAUCAAGAUUAAAAUAUGAUAGGAAAACUUCAUGUUUUGAAGAGUCUUAUAGCUAUUGAUUUGAUGCAACAGGACGAAUUACUGGACCCAGACUUUAUUUAUUUAGGCAACAUUGAGUCUUGAACAACUUCCCCAGAAUAAUCUGCCUGUGCCUCAAUAUUCCCUGUGUAUAUCUUUAACUUCGUCAAUGAACCUGUUAGUUUUUUCUAACUUUAAAUUUUAUUAUUGGUUUUCUAUGUUUUAGGAUUUGUUACAUGACUCUAAUUUCAGGGCACUAUCCUGAAUUCCUGACUCAUACAUUGUUGACAAAAUUUGUUGUUAAAACCUUACGCUGAGUGUUUAUGGUUUCACCGUUAAUAUACCGUUCCUGCUGUCAUUUUGUAAUAUAUAUGUAACAUUAUUCAAUUAUCGGCAGAUUACUUAUAUUUUAAAGUUAAUUCGUUUGUUAUAAACUAUUACGAGUAAGUAAUUAUCAUCAAUUUCGUCUAGAUAAUGAUCUUGUUGUGUCAAGUAUGAUUUUCAUCCGUUUUAUUUGUUUUAUGUAUUUUCUCCCUUCUUAGUUUAUGACAAGCGUAUUGUGUAAAAAAGGAAUUGUUAUUUUUUGUUUGAUUGUUUAGAACGGUGCUGAAAACAGACUAUUUCUCUC